UUUGCGUAGAGGGAGAGAGGGAGAGAGGGAGGAGAGAUGGCGUUGUCUAACCAAAAAAAAAACGAGAAUAGAUAAAGCAGCAGCGGUUGCUGUCGGAGUUUUGCUUCGAAGACAAAAAACUAAGGUUGUUAGGUUUUAUAGGCCAACGGUUUAUGUUCUCCUACUUCUCUGCUUCUUCUGCAUUCUUCAAUCCUAAGCAAAAAUCCAUUUGUGGACGUCACUAUCAAACGGCCAACUUCACCUUCUCUGACAAUAUCACUACACCUUCCUUUCUUCUUCAUCUCUUCUAUCUUCACUAUUUUUUUACCAAAAUCUUCUCCAUCUGCUGGGUUCACACCAAAACCUACACUUUUUGGUAUGUUGCUCUGUUUCGCAGAGUGAAGAUAAGGAGAUCAAAUCAAAGACCUCUCUGUUUCCGAUAUGAGUACCCGUUAUUCCUCUCAGUUGCAAUCAUCAGCCAUUAACUCCAUCACUGUCUCCUCAUCUUCUUCCUUCGCUUCCACGCAACUGGAUGAUAACACUCACACGGCUCCGGAGAGCUCUCCAUCUUCUUCCUUCUUCAUGAGACUUGCCAUGAGGGUAUCUAGAGCAAGGUGGUUCAUUUUCUUGAGAAGAGUCUUUCAUUACCAGAACGCCUCAAGAUCCGAUCUUGGCACCAAUCCUUUCAAUUCUAUCGCUUGGAUGGUAUCAGAGCUCAUCGCUUUACUUUUACAGAUCACUGUGAUAACAUCCACACUAGCUUUGUCCAAAAACGAGAGGCCUGUUUGGCCGAUGAGGUUAUGGAUCACUGGCUACAACGUUGGAUGUCUGCUCAAUCUUAUGUUACUAUACGGUCGGUAUCGUCAGCAAGAUACUAGCCAUGAAAAUGCAUUUAGCUUCGGCGAUAUUGAGCAGCAACAAAGAAGCAGGGAAGAGACCACCAGGUGCUCGCAUUUGAUGAACAAAUGCCGGACAUCGCUGGAGCUAUUCUUUGCGAUAUGGUUUGUGAUAGGUAAUGUAUGGGUUUUUGAUUCUCGGUUUGGUUCUUUCCACUAUGCUCCAAUCCUUCAUGUCCUCUGCAUCUCCCUACUCGCUUGGAACGCUCUCUGUUACUCCUUCCCAUUUCUUCUCUUCCUCCUGCUCUGUUGUGUUGUACCUCUCGUUAGUAGCUUCCUCGGCUACAACAUGAACGUUGGAUCUUCGGAAAAAGGAGCUUCAGAUGACCAGAUCUCCAGUCUCCCAAGUUGGAAAUACAAACUCAUUGAUGAAACUUCUGAUUCUUCUCAAGCAAACAAUGAUCCGGAAUGUUGUAUAUGUUUGGCAAAGUACAAAGAGAAAGAAGAAGUGAGAAAGCUUCCAUGUUCGCAUAGGUUUCACCUCAAAUGCGUAGAUCAAUGGCUUCGUAUCAUCUCGUGUUGUCCUCUUUGCAAACAAGAUCUCCCUAACUGAAAAAUCAAAACAAUACAUGAGUCACAAGAUUGAAUCUCUGACCAAGUACCAUAUAUGUGUUUUUUUUUUUUUCUGUUGCCGCCUAAACACGUUUACUUGUGUGAAUGUCGUUAUCAUUCCUUUUUUUUUCUUGUGUACAAAGUAGCUCACCAGUAACUGUAAUUUUACCUAAAAAAAAAGUUAAAAAACAUGAUCAAUCUGUUGUUUUACCAGUAGAGUUUGUCCCUCUCUUACCAUUAAUCAAAGUUUUAAUUGUUG